AUGGCUAUCCUACACAGAGCCUUGUUUACAUGGUUUAUCUUUUUAGUAUUUUUAAUUCUUCUAUGCCUAAGAUUAGAAUCUAGAACGCACUGGAAUUGGUUUAUAGUAUUUAUACCCAUGUGGGUGUAUGAUAGUAUAUUACUGAUAUAUGUAUUAUUUCAUAUGGUGUCACACUGUCGAAAUGGAAUUGAGAGGUUCAGAAGUACUAUCAACAAAAAUGUGUGGUAUAUAGCAGCCAUAGGACUUAAGAUGGCUGCUCAAAUAAUAAUUUGUAUAAAAUUAGAGUUUACUAGUGGUUACCUACCGAUAUAUGUUGUAAUGACCCCUAUAUGGAUGUUGCUACCAGUUCUCUGUGUAGAAGUGUUUAUGCAUCUAAUUAAACAUUCAAGUAGGAGUAGUAGGUACUAA